UAAAAGUGUGUGCGAUGUGUGGUGAGUGUAAACAAAAGUGCACUAAAUUUCUGCGAAAUGUUCGAGAAAGGUGACGCAAGCCUGUAAUAAAUGUUAACCUCGUCAAACGAUUCUGUGGACGUCGGUGUCAAGGAGUAUUUCGGUUACCGUCCGGACGUCCAGGCAUUUGAACGUGCAUUGUGGUCGUCGCGAAACCGUAGGACGAGGGGAGGAGAAAGUGGCGAGGUGGAAAAGAGCGGGAUAUUCGGGCGAAGGAGAUUUCUGAGUGGUGUGGCGUGGCGGGUGGAGGCUAGAAAAUCGACGGAAGAAUGGGAGAGAAUCAUCAGGAGGAACAGCAGCCGCCUGAGCUGCGUUCGAUCAACAACGUGGAGAGGUCCUUCGUUAAGUUCAUCAACAAGACGCUGCACAACGUGAUCCUUUAUUGGAUCGAUUACCAGGGACAGGCAGUCAGCUACGGUGUGCUGUCGCCUGACGAUAGCCUCGACAUCAACACGUUCGUCACCCAUCCGUGGAUCUUCGUUGACCAAGAGUCUAGAGACAGGUACACGGUGAAUCAGCAGAACGUGUUCUUCCCGGAGCCGUGGUUCGCCAAGUAUCGAAGGCUUCGUAACCAGAAUCCACCGAGAGAGCUGCCUCAGAGGCCCGAAAGGACGAACGUGUACAUCACUCUGCCGGUGUACACGCUGCGCGAGCUGUCUCUGAGGGCCAUCAAGCGGCGUCUGACGCACGAUCGACAGGCGUUUCAACUGGACAUCCCGAGGAGCCUUCAGUACGAGCUGGCGACCAUGCUGUCACGGAACGAGGACAACAUUCGUGUUCGAAAUUCGUAGCGAUCGAUCUCGUGAGAAGCAAACGUGCGUCUCUCUAUAUGUCUCUCUCUAUCUCUCCCGUGAUCAUCGCUGGAUCCUCCUACGUUUGUUCUCCAGUUGAUCACAGUCGGGAACGAUA